GUGGAAAGCAUUUAGAAGCAGCAUAUAAAGCUGGAGUACUUACAGCUGUCACUGCACCCCUUUCUUCUAAAAGCGCGAUUACAGGGGUUUCUAUGGCAUUUAAAACUGGUGCUCGUUCUAUUUUUGAUAAUGAAUCAAUUAUUGGCGAAAAUGUUGCAUUGCAUGCUCAAGUAGGCACUCCAUACAAAGAUGACCGUAUACCAACAGUUUCGGGUCAGAUUUCUCUGAUCAGAAGAACAUUAAUAAAAAAUCUUGAGCAACAAAAUAUUAUUGGCCGCGUUGCACGCGGUGAUAUUCCUUUAAUAGUAUAUGUUGAUAGUAAAGAUGAAAUUGCAUCUUUAAUUAAAUUGAAAAUUCAAAUUAAAAAUUAUGGAGGAAAUUUAAAGCUUGUAAUUUCAGGUGGGGCUGAAGCACACAUGCUUGCGAUCGAAUUGGCUAAGAAUGAAAUUCCCGUAAUACUUAACCCAUCAAGACCUACUCCAAGGUUAUGGACAGCUCAAAAUGUACUAAUGGGAGCUCCUAUUACUAAUAAGACUGGGAUAGAUAUACUUUAUGCAAAUAAUGUUAAGAUAGGAAUAGGUGUGGAUUUAUUUUCGUUAGGAUUUAAAUCGUUUUUAUUAGGAUUUGGCACGGAAAGAAAUUUAAUUUGGGAUGCUGGUUGGGUAUCACGAAAUUCGAAAGGACUAAUUUCACAAAAAGAUGCUAUUGGAUUUAUUACAUGGAGCCUUGAAGAAAUUCUUGAUUUAAAUAUAAGAAAUGGGCUGAUUAAAGGUAAUAUUGCACAUUUUGUGGCAUAUAAUGGAAAUCCUUUUGAUAUUAGUACGAAAGUAAAGAUUGUUGCUGGUGGUGGUAGAAGUGAUAUUCUUAUUGAUCCUGAACAAGACUAA